UCAUCUAUUCAGCUGCAGCGUCUUCACCCCCCACCGUCCGUCCCUCCAGCCGCCGGUCCGUCCAGUCGACCGACAGCCUUCAGACUGUUGGUUCUGAUGAAGCUCAGAUUCUGAAAAGUCCUCUGCUGCUGCUCUUGUUGCUGAGAUGGGUUUCACGGACCUGCUGGAAGAGGUGGGCGGGUUUGGCAGGUACCAGUGGAUUCAUGUGACUCUGAUCAGUUUUCCUGGUUUGAUGAUGGCGAGUCAGAACCUGCUGAACAAUUUCAUCUCAGGAAUCCCCACCCACCACUGCAGCCUGCCGUCCAAUCACAGCCUUCACAACCUGUCGCUGUCCUACCAGGUGGAUGAGAAGCAGCUGCUCAGAGUGUUCAUCCCUCCAGACUCUUCAGGAAGUCGACUGGACCGCUGCAGGAGGUACGUGGAGCCUCAGUGGCAGCUGCUUGCUGCGAACAGCUCGGCUAAUGUUAGCAUGCUGCCGACCGAAGGCUGUAUGGACGGAUGGACGUUUGACCGCUCCGAGUUUCUUGCCACUACCGUCUCUGAGUGGGGUCUGGUCUGCUCUCUUCGUCCUCUCAAACAGAUGAUUCAGACCAUUUACAUGGGUGGAGUUUUAACAGGUGCCAUAAUCUACGGCGGCCUGUCAGACAGAUUUGGACGUCGCUCUGUCCUGAUCUGGUCGUACCUGCAGCUGGGUGUGCUCGGUUGUAGCUCCGCCCUCUCUCCGUCAUACACUGCCUACUGCAUUUUUAGGUUUCUGAGUGGAAUGGCAGUUUCUGGAAUCAUCCUCAAUGGCGUCUCACUGAAGGUGGAGUGGAUCCCGACCAAAUCGAGGACUUUAGUGGGCACGCUCACCUCCUUCUUCUUCACCUUUGGACAGAUGAUCCUGGCAGGGCUUGCCUAUUGGCUGAGAGACUGGAGGAAACUGCAGGUGGUCGUUUGUGCUCCUCAGUUCCUGUUCUUCACCUACAGCUGGUGGUACUCGGAGUCGGCUCGUUGGUUGGUUUUGAACCGACGCUCUGAGGACGCCUUAAAGACUCUUCACCGAGUUGCUCGAAUCAAUGGAAAACCAGAGAUGAUCAACAAAUUAACAAUGGAGGUGCUCCACUCUCACAUGAGUAAAGAGAUCGAGUCGAGUCAUUCGUCGUUCACAGCAUUUGACCUGCUAAAGACCAGAGGGAUGAGACGCAUCUCCAUCUGUCUGAUCGCCGUCUGGUUCUCCACCAGUUUUGCGUACUAUGGUUUGGCAAUGGACCUGCAGAAAUUUGGAGUGAGUAUUUACCUGAUGCAGAUCAUCUUUGGAGCUGUAGAUUUUCCCGCAAAAUUAUUUGCUCUGGCCAUACUCAGUUUCCUGGGGAGACGGGUCUCCCAAGUGUGCUGCCUCUUUCUGUCGGCCGCCAUCAUCUUUGCCAACAUCUUUGUCCCGACAGACAUGCAGACCCUCAGGACCGUCCUGGCUUGCCUUGGUAAAGGUUUCACCUCAGCUUCCUUCACAACCGUUUACCUGUACACCGGGGAACUCUACCCCACUGUCAUCAGGCAAACAGGAAUGGGCUUCGUCUCCACCAUGGCAAGAGUUGGCAGCAUGGCGGCCCCCGCUGUCCUGAUUCUGGAUGAGGUACUCCCUGCUCUGCCCAGUUUGGUGUACGGCGGGUCAGCGGUGCUCGCUGGCUGCUUCGCCUGCUUUCUGCCCGAAACGCUCAACAUGCCGCUGCCUGACACCAUCGAAGACGUGGAGGAGAAAUGGUCUGGAAGAAGCUCCGCCUCUACACAAAAGGGAGGUGUGUCUCGGAAAGAGGGCGUGGUCUCCAGUGAUGGUGUGAUGUCAGAUGAGAGUGUGGCUUUGAAAGAACUAAAGGAAACAGAAGGAAGUGGCCUCAAUGCCCUCUGACCAAUCAGACAACACAAAAUCAUACAGUCAGCACCAAUGAUAACGGGACUGAAGCUCGACCAAUCAGAUGGGUGGAGUCACUAGUUUUAAAAAUUCAGUAAAAAGGUUUUUUAUUGUGACAGAAAAUACAUUUCCUGAGAUUAAAUCAUAAUAACAAUAAUAAAUAAUAAAUAAAUGCAGGUGUUAGAUUAUUGAUUGAUCAGGAAGUUGCAACAGUUUGUGUUGUUAAUAUCAAUCAGUAAAGGAGCUGAAUGUGAUUGUAACACACCAGUGAACUGAUCUUUAGUUAUUUUAUGAAAAGUGUCACAAUGUGAGAACAAAGACUGUCGUAAUCAAUAAAGAUGUUGAUUCAUUCUGA